CGAGGCGCCGCGCCGGUCAGAGGUGCUCCGGACGCCGGCAGCCAUGAACACGGUCGCCCUGCUGGUAUCGCUGUCCCUGGUAGCAGCCGCUGCCGCUGCCGCCGCCAGCCCGAGCGGUCGCGGCCAGCCCGAACACUUCCAACACAGCCCCGGCGGCGAUGACGCCCCGGAGGAGGUGGACGACUACUCGGCCCUGCUGGCCGGGCUGCUCAGGAGCCAUGACAAGCGCUCGUGCAUCCCGCGCGGCAGCUCGUGCGACGCCCGUCCGUACGACUGCUGUUCGCAGGGCACGUGCCGCUGCAACCUCUGGGGCAGCAACUGCAAGUGCGCGCGCGGCAGCCUGUUCGCCGCCUGGGGCCGCCGCUAGAGCAGCGCGCGCGGUAGGCACGGCGCGACUGGCCGCUCUGUCGUCAAUACAUGUCUGACC